AUCUAACUUCAUACUCCUCGCUUUUUGACUCCUUUUUUCUUAAUUUCGUCUCUCUGUCGCCGCGAAUUGCGCGGUCCACCAAAAAGAUUUUUCCGUACUUAUAACUCUCGCCAAGACUCUCGCCUUCCCUCAUCGCUCCACGUCGUCUUCUUCUUCUUCUUCUCCUCCUCCUCCUCCGCCUUCGUCGGAGCCGCCGUCUUCUUCCUUAAAUCAACGAAACGAGAACCCUAGCUUACGCCCUGCAAAUGCAACUCCUGAAGAUCCUGAAGACGUCCAUCAAGCAUUCUCUCUCCCCCUCUCGCCUCAUCAACCUCAUCCUCAUCCCCUCCUCCCUCUACAUCCUCUACCUCCUCCUCUCUCUCCUCCUCAACAACCACCAUCCCCGACUCGAUUUGUAUUCCGGCGAUCCCGCCGCCUCGACCUCUCCUCCUCCUCCUCCUCCUCCGCUCUCUCUCGACCACCUCGUCUUCGGCAUCGCCUCCAACAAGAACUCCUUCCCCCGCCGCCGGCAUUACAUCGCACAAUGGUGGCGGCCCGGCCUCACCCGCGGCUUCGUCUUCCUCGAUGCUCCCGUCCCCUCUUCCUCCGGAGGCAACGACACCCGCCUCCUCCCCCUCCUCCCUCCCAUCCGCAUCUCCGAGGACACUUCCGGGUUCAGCUACACCAACCGCAACGGCCUCCGCUCCGCCAUCCGCGUGGCCCGCGUCGUGGUGGAGACGGUGGCGAUGAACUUGACGGACGUGAGGUGGUUCGUGUUCGGGGACGACGACACGGUGUUCUUCCCCGAUAACCUGGUGAAGACGUUGUCCAAGUACGACGACGGGCUGUGGUACUACGUCGGGAGCAACUCGGAGGUGUAUGAGCAGAACAGGGUGUUCUCGUUUGGGAUGGGUUUCGGAGGGGCCGGGUUCGCCAUCAGCCGUCCGCUCGCCAAGGUACUGGCCAAGGGGUUGGACGGUUGCAUGGAGCGGUACGCGCAAGCUUACGGCAGCGACUCGAGGGUCUACGCCUGCUUGACCGAGCUCGGUGUCGGGUUGACGCGCGAGCCCGGGUUUCAUCAGUUCGACGUCCGGGGCGACGCCUUCGGAUUACUCGCGGCUCACCCGCUCGCUCCGUUGUCAUCCCUCCACCACAUCGACCACACCGACCCGAUCUUCCCCAACAUGACCCGACCCGAAGCCAUGCAACACCUCUUCAGAGCCGCCCAAAUCGACUCCCAGCGGCUCCUCCAGCAGUCGGUCUGCUACGACACUUCGUCCUCGUGGACGGUCUCGGUCUCGUGGGGCUACGCGGUCCAGGUCUUCCCUCGCCACUUGCUUAUGACAGAGGCGGUUCGAGUGCGGGAGACGUUCAGUCAAUGGAAGAAGGGAAGCGUGCUCGCGAGGUCGUACGGGUUCAACACCAGGGAGGUCGAGCCCGACCCGUGUGAGCGACCCACCGUGUUCUUCAUGAGCGGCGUGGCUUCGAGGAAGGAUUGGAUCAAGAGCGCUUACAAGAAACACGACGAUGGCGACUGCUUGAGCGACAUGGCUUCGCCGAGGAAGAUCGAGGAAGUGAGGGUGUACUCUCGCAAGCUCGAUCUUGAUAUCAAACAGUUGCAGGCUCCGAGACGGCACUGCUGCGAUGUUUUGCCUUCCUCCAUUGGCAAAGUGAUGGAGAUUGCCAUCAGAGAGUGCGGCGAAGAAGAAUCGAUCUUCAUGCGUCAGUAGGGUAGCAUACGCCAUCCUUUUUCUUCAGCUAAUUUUACGAGCUGAUCGUUUCACUACAGUGUACAUAUUUUCCCUCAAUCCAUACUACAGCCAUACUGAAGAUUACU